AUGGAGACGCGCGCGCGCGCGGUGACGAAGACGCGCGCGUCGUCGUCGGCGGCGUCGGCGUCGGCGUCGUCGUCGGCGGCGGCGCUCCCGGAGUUGCACGUCUUGCGAGUCUCCCAAGUGGACGCCAAGCGCUUGGACGAGGAGUUGUUGGAGAUUUUACACGACCAGUUGGUUCGAUGCGUCGACGCGUUGACGCUGUGCGCGACGAGCGCGUGUGGGAGUGGUGACGAUGUGAAUGAUUCGAUGUCGUCGCGGAGACGGGCUCGAACGACGUUCGCGUCGAGGGAGAGGACGAAACUGUUCUUAGACGCGGCGACGUUCGCGUGCACGACGAUGCGAAACGCGCCGACGCCGGGGCAGGAACUGAUGAAUCUUCGAUUCAGAGACGAGAGGAGGGCGGAACGAGACGAAGAAUUUAGACGAACCGCCAAGACCGGGGUGGAGGGCGACGGGCUCACUGUGACGCAGCGUCUGGCGUACGGCGCGGUCAAGUGCGCUGGAGCGUUCGCGUGGAACGCGUGGAUGGCGAAAAUGGCGCGCGAACGGUACGACGAGGCGAUGGACGAAGACGAAGACGGGCGAGGCGUAUGGAAACAACGCGCGUGGCGAUGGUCCAGAGCCGCGGAGGACGCGCACGUCGUGGCGAGCUUCGUAAACUUUUGCGUGUUUCUGCGAUACGGUCGUUACCCGACGCUCUUGGAGCGUUUUCUAGGGGCUCGACUGGUGUACAGCAGACCGUCGAUGGCGCGAGUGGUGGAUUUCGAGUACCUGAAUCAGCAAUUGGCUUGGCGCGAGCUCUCGGAGCUCGUUUUGUUCACGCUGCCGUACUUGUACAACUCGCGAGUGCGUUCGUUCGUCGGCGCAUUCGGCUCUUCGACGAGUGGCGAAGCCUCGACGACGAGCGCGGACGGCGGGCGGGCGGGCGGGCGCGGGCGCGUCGUCGUGCAGGCCCAUCGGUGCGUGGCGUGUGGAUGCGCCGAACCCGUGCACCCAUUUGUCGCCGAUCCGUGUGGACAUCCAUACUGUUACUAUUGCCUCCGCGCGCGCUUACUCGAGCGGCCGGUGGAUUGUCCAUGCGUCAAGUGCUCCAGGCCCGUCGAUCGCAUGCGUCGUCUGUCGCUCGCGCCGGCGAGAAACUUGAAAUAG